UAUCAAUGAACUUAGUACAUAGAAACUCACUCAUAAGUCAUAACAGAAGCUAGAGGAUAUUCUUCGUAGGACGCAUGGACGGAUGAGCAAUUGAACCACCUACAGGAUAGUUACUGGAUAGAUGCGACCCUUACCUGUUGACAGAUGACAGACAGAAGAACGGGAAGUCGCUCUAUUUAAAGGAAGGGAAUCGUGUACUGAGCUAGCAUGCCUUGAACUUGAAGUAGGCUCUCCUAUAUCUAACAGUUUUAACUGACCUUGUUACUGCAACUAAAUUGCCAUAGAUCAAAACUUUUAAUAAUUUGUAGCAUAUACUUGUAUCCAAAGGUGAUUGAGAUACUUUUUGAACAGAGCAAUAAUGCAGAUAAGAACAUCAGUAUUCUAGAUUUUGUGUGGUUGACCAACCAUUCUGUUAUUACUAUUUUCUUAUUUCCAAAUCUGCUGAAAGAGAGACUACUUUCCCUUUCAAACUUAAAUAUCGAUCUUAUGUUUAACACUGUUGAUUACCUCUCCGUCUAUCACUCUUGUUAUUUAUCUCCCCUGCAUUUCUCUUUUCUUUUGUUUAAUCCGUUGUCCCAGAUUCCCAUCAUAUCUUUUCUUUCUUUCUCACCGGGUACCAGUUCCUUUCCCUUUCCCCGGGUCGAAAAGGUGGCUUCAGUGAGUGUGAGUCGGGUGGGACUUCUUUGCUACUUCACUACUGCUUUUAAACAGUUUGGAUUUGGGCAGAAGAACUGAAGCAAACCCAUCUCCUUCUCUCCCUCGUUGCAACAAGCGAGCCACUAUUACUUGUUGGGUUCACGGGAUGCUUUACAGUUUACACAUAACUUCCAAGUGACGUUUACAGUUGCUCAUUAAAGGCUAAAGAAAGAAAAGCACCGAACAACGCACCAGACUGGUAAAGCUUCCAUCUUUCUAUCUUCUUCUCCUUCUUCUUAUUUUGUUCGUUUUUGGGUCGGCUUUAAUUUCGUUUUGAUUUACUUCCUUCUUCGGUGGGCUUUCUUAUUUUUAACAGACAAGGGGAGCUUCGGGAUGCGCGUUGGAAGUUUCUGCACUAUUAUACAGCAGACUUAGAGAGAAGGGUUUUUGGAGGGUUCUUCUUUGUUUUUGUUUUGUUCAUAUUUGACGAGAAGCUUUUCUUUCCUCUCCCUAUCUUUGGACCUUUCCGGUGGAGACUAAACUAAAGACAAGAUCCUCCAGUUUUCGGUUUGACCAACUUAUCUCGCUCUCUCUCUUCUUCUUCUCCUCCUCCUCGUUCUGUGUUGCUUCAGUUUCUGCGCUGAGAAGCAAACUUCGCGGGUUUCUGUUUCCCAAUCCAAAGUAGUUAUCGGUUCUUGAGAUUUGAGUAAUUGGGGGUUCGAGGAUCGGUGAUAUAGUAAUUGGGUUUUCGUUGAAUUCAGUUUGCUUCAUUUGCAAAGCUUCGUGCUUUUUGGGGAAUUGAACAAAGCAAGCUGCUUUUACUGCAAGGGUUUUCUUUCUGCUGCUGAAAUUAUGUCAAUUUGUUAACGUUCUGGAAGCUGGGAUUUUGUUCAGUAAUGGUGGAGCCGGGGGUUCUGAUAAGCUUCCUCAAAUGGGCAGCCUUGUUUGGCUUCCUUCUUCUUUCUUCCUCUCAAAUUUAUUGCACUCUAGCUGCAGCAUGUGAUCCCAGGGACUUGAGAGCACUCAAGGAAUUCUCCAGCAGCUUCACAAAUGGUUCUUCUUCACUCCUUACAUCUUGGUCUGAGGAUACUGAUUGCUGUAAAUGGGAUGGUGUUUCUUGUGGCUCGAAUGGCGGCAGAGUGACCAUGCUUACUCUACCAGACAAGGCCCUCCAAGGCCUGGUUCCACGAGCUCUAGCUGGUUUGGAUCAGCUAAAAUCGCUCGAUCUCUCUUGGAAUCGUCUUCAAGGCGAGCUUCCAUUGGAGCUCUCCAGCUUGAAACAGUUGGAGGUUCUUGAUUUGAGCUACAAUAUGUUAUCAGGACAGGUUUCUGAAGUUCUCUCUGGUCUUGUUUCCAUUCAAUCAUUCAACAUUUCCAGCAAUCGGUUUGAUGACAAUGAUCUGUUUGGUAUUAAGGAGCUUCCUCAUCUUGGUUGGUUCAACAUAAGCAACAAUUCAUUCAGUGGGCGUAUAAGUCCCUUUAUUUGCAGCUUAUCUAAUGUGAUUGAGGUUGUUGAUUUGUCAAUGAAUUAUCUCGUGGGAAGCAUUGAAACCUUGUCGAACUGCAGCUCAUCAAUCAAGAAGCUGCAUUUGGACAACAAUAUGAUCUCGGGCUCUCUUCCUCAGGCUUUGUAUGCAUUGUCUUCUUUGCAGCAGCUAUCGAUCUCCAACAACAAUUUCUCUGGUCAAAUAAGCGGCGAAAUGAGUAAGCUCACCAGCCUUACUAUAUUUCUUGCUUAUGGGAACAGAUUUUCAGGCCAGAUUCCAGAUGCUUUCCAUAACUUGAUGCAGUUUGAGCAAUUUGAUGUUCAUUCAAAUUCAUUUUCUGGACCAUUGCCUUCAUCUCUGUCAUUAUGCUCCAAUCUUCGUGUCCUCAGCCUUAGAAACAACUCCAUGUCUGGUCCAAUUGAUCUUGACUUCUCCAGAAUGCCUCUUCUUACUAUUCUUGAUCUUGCCACCAAUCGGCUCUCUGGCUCACUUCCAGAGUCUCUGUCUCAUUGCCAUGAAUUGAAGACCUUGAGCCUUGCCAAGAAUGUGUUGAAUGGAAGCAUACCAGAGAGUUAUGCUCAGCUCUCGUCAAUGUCAUUCCUCUCGUUGUCGAACAAUUCCAUUGUUGACUUGAAUCGAGCGUUAUCAGUGCUGCAGCAUUGCCAGAAUCUCACCACACUAAUUCUCACAAGAAACUUCCAUGGCGAGGAAAUGCCGGUGAAUGUGAGUGGAUUCAAUAGCUUGUCGGUCUUUGCACUUGGAAACUGUGCUCUCAAGGGCCGAAUCCCGCCAUGGUUAAUGAGCUGCAAGAAGUUACAGGUUCUUGACUUGUCAUGGAAUCAUCUGGAUGGCAGCAUUCCUCCAUGGGUGGGCCAGAUGGAGAAACUGUUCUACUUAGACUUCUCCAACAACUCUCUCUCUGGAGAAAUCCCAGAGACCCUGAUGGAGCUAAAGAGCCUCACUUCAGCAGGUGCAAGCUCUCCUGGACUCUCGCCUUCUGCUGGUAUUCCACUCUACGUUAAGCGAAAUCAGACUGGUAGUGGCUUGCAGUACAAGCAAGUAUCGAGCUUCCCUCCAUCAAUUUACUUGAGCUAUAAUAUGAUCAAUGGAACAAUCUCACCCAAGAUCGGGCAGUUGAAGCAACUCCAUGUUUUAGACCUGAGCAACAACAACAUAACAGGUGUCAUACCGAGCUCGAUUUCAGAUUUGCUCAACUUGGAAGUGUUGGACUUGUGUUCCAAUGAUCUGUAUGGCUCAAUCCCACCUUCACUCGAGAGGCUUACUUUCCUCUCAAGAUUCAAUGUAGCUAAUAACCACUUGAAGGGUCCGAUUCCAGCUGGAGGGCAGUUCUCCAGCUUCUCAAAUUCAAGCUUCGAAGGUAACUUUGGACUCUGUGGAGGGGUAGUCUCUCCUUGCAAGGAUAUAGAGACUGCCAUGACCCCCAGGAGACCCUCUGGCAGCUCGAGGACUAAAUCCAAUAUUCUUGGAAUCACCGUCGCUCUUGGAGUUGGGUUGUCGUUGAUACUCGCCUUUCUCAUUGUUAAGAUGUCGAGAAGAGCUGAUCCCAUCAAUGAGGAAGAAACCGGGUCUCACGUGUCAUCAUCAGCAGCACUUAUGACAUCAUCAAAGUUGGUCCUUUUCCAGAACUCCGAAUGCAAGGAUCUAACGGUUUCCGAUUUGUUAAAAGCUACAAAUAACUUCAGCCAAGCUGACAUUAUUGGCUGCGGAGGGUUUGGCCUUGUUUACAAGGCCAACUUCCCUAAUGGGGAAAAAGCUGCAAUCAAGAAGCUUUCUGGAGAUUGUGGCCAGAUAGAGAGGGAGUUCCAAGCAGAAGUAGAAGCACUCUCGAGAGCUCAACACCAAAAUCUCGUUUCUCUCCAGGGAUACUGUCGGCAUGGCAAUGACAGGUUAUUGGUUUACUCUUACAUGGAGAAUGGAAGCUUGGACUAUUGGCUGCAUGAAUGUGUGGAUGAGUCCUCUGUUCUUCAAUGGGAGACCAGGUUGAAGAUAGCUAGAGGUGCUGCCAAAGGGUUAGCUUUCCUUCAUAAAGUGUGUGAGCCCCAUAUUGUUCACCGAGACGUGAAGUCUAGUAACAUACUAUUAGACGAAGACUUCAAGGCUCAUUUGGCUGAUUUUGGUCUCUCAAGGCUGCUAAGACCAUAUGAUACCCAUGUCACGACGGAUUUGGUUGGGACGUUGGGUUAUAUUCCACCAGAAUAUAGUCAGUCGUUGAUUGCCACAUGUAGAGGUGAUGUUUAUAGCUUUGGAGUUGUGUUGCUUGAGCUUUUGACCAGUAGAAGGCCUGUGGAGGUGUGCAAGGGGAAGAACUGUAGGGAUCUGGUGUCGUGGGUUUUCCAGAUGAAGUUUGAGAAGAGGGAGUCUGAGGUUAUUGCCUCUCCAAUCUGGAAUAAAGACAAGGAGAAAGAGCUACUCGAGAUGCUUGAGAUCGCUUGUCGGUGCUUGGAUCAUGAUCCAAGACGGAGACCUUCCAUCGAUGAAGUUGUUUCGUGCCUUGAUGGGAUUGGAAGGUGAAGGUGUUACCUGUAAAUCAAGUUGGAAAAGAAUUCUUGACCAGGUGACUGCAUUUUUUGUUUGUUAGUUUUUUUUAGUUAUUUUCCUCAUAUAAACACAUAUAGUUAUAAGUUAUGUAUACUGACAUAUGUGUUGUGUUUUCCUUCAGUCUGAAAUAAAAAUGUCAUCAGAAAUGUACUAGUUCCUUUUUUCAGUUUUUGUAUAGGUCUCCUGUUAGUACAUUGCAAUAUGAAUCCAUUUGGAAUGUUUUAAUAGCUAUAAGAGAGUUGAUAGGCUGUAAGAAAUGUGCUUGUAGUUCAGCAUUAAGACAUACCAACCAGUACAAGGAGCUGUUCUAUCCAUCAGUUUCUGUGAUGAUUGUUCUGUUUUAAUUUUUAUUUUGGACUGAACUGAACUGCAACAAGAAAACCUGCAGUAUCCAACCAGAUUCCGGUGGAUAACUCGUUGAACUGUCCUAGAGAGGUACCAGUUUGCAGCAAUGCUCUUAGAGAAACUAGUUCAUGAUGUUGCCAGUCGAACUUUGCUAUGACGUACUUUUUUUUUUUUUUUUACAAGGCAGUUUCGACUUACGCUGAAAUGAAGCAGUUAGGAGUUCUUAACGACCAUUCGCUACUAAGCAUGAAUAGUUACCAUCAAUGGUCGUUAGGAAACAUAACCCAGACCGGCGACACACCGACACACAAAGCGAAAUGAUUCGGGUUGCAGUUAUAUAAGGGUUUGUAUCAGCUUCUGUUUUACUAGUAACACUGAACAUUCGGUUUCUCAGAUUAUGAUAUGGCCUUACUGGUAUCAGGGUUUGUUUUCCUCUCUCAAUGUCCAAUAUGGCCAACCGAGCCAAAACAGAUUACAAGCCCUACCUAUAUAUGUUUAAGGUAUUUGGGAUACUGCUGUAAACCCAUUUCAGGGAAAGAAAAACACAAUGGUGGUUCUGUUAGGUUAGGAUUUUCAGGAUCUGGUGGCCUGCUCUGUCGUGGGACUUUCAUGUUUGGUGAUGAAAAACCAUAAUGUCUGUUAGUUAUGUGGUGGUGGGGGUGGGGUGGUUUGGCACAGUUGUGGCUAUUAGUUAAACUUCUCACCUCCCUUCUGACUUAUGCCAUGAAACAGAGAGUGGAGAUUGGUGAGAGUCCACUUUGGGGAGUUUGGUUGGAUGGAUGUUCAUGGCGACUUUUUCUUCCUCCUUUUCUGUCCACACCAUCUUCUUCUUCCCCAUGAACUGGUGGGGGGAAAAAGGGACUUUCUAGGAUUAACAUCAUCAUUGAUAAUGUCCCACUACACAAUUGAAACAUGGGGGGGAGAAAAGAUAAUAAUGAGUUGUGAAAAAAGAAGUUGGUGUGGUGAGACAGACAUAAUGAAGCUAAACAAAAAGUCAUGAGUGGAAUGUGACCUCUUUGAUUAUCUCCCCAACAAACCACUUUAAUACUUCAACAGGUUGGUUGAGUGUUUAUACUUGUAUUGUAAUGUAUGCUGAUCACAUUGGGCAACGGUAGAUGGGUUUGAAUCAUGCCUGUAGCCCAUGGGCUCGAUCACCAGGAUCGUGUUUAUGGGCUUGGGCCUCUGACAUUGAUUAUUGUUGGGCUAAUUAAUUAAUCUUCCCUCUCGACGUAAAAAAUGAAAAAGACCAGUCAAA